AUGAUUGAUCCUGAGUUUUUCCCUUCACUGACAGCUCCUGCGACAACCUCCUCGGUGGCACCUAUCCCCACGGUGCUGCCGGGCUCCGAGGUCUUCCAGGAGCUCCAUGACGUCGGCAAACGGACCCUGUGGGUUGUCGUUGUUCUUAUGGGCAUCUCCUCUCUUGUGUUCUAUUCUUUAGCUGCUCGAGCUCCACUGCCCAAGCGCAUCUUCCACGUCCUCACUUCCCUUAUCACAACUAUUUCUUUCAUUACAUACCUGGCUCUUGCGACCGGUCAAGGAAUUACCACCAAGCACGUUCGCAUCUAUGAACACCACAAGCAUGUCCCCAACACCCACACAGACUUCACCCGCCAAGUGCUGUGGCUGCGAUACCUCAACUGGGCAUUGGCAACCCCCUUGUUGUUCAUUAAUUUGGCCCUGAUCUCCGGUCUUCCCGGUGCGAACCUGCUCAUUGCCAUCGUUGCCAACUUCAUCAUGCUGGCUGCUGGCUUACUCGGCUCUUUCGCCGGUCAUGGCCGCGAGCGCUGGGUCUGGCUGACCAUCUCUUGUAUUUCCUACCUGGUCAUCGUUCACCAUGCCGGAUUCCAUGCCCACCGGGCCGCGAACAAUAAGGAUGCACAGACCCGGAAGUUCUUCGGUGCCGUUGCAAGCUCCGCUAUUAUUGCAUUGGCACUUUUCCCCAUUUCCGUCGCCGCCGGUGCCCUUGCUCUCAAGCUGAGUGUUGAUACCGAGACCGUCAUCUUUGCUGUUCAGGAUAUCUUCACGCAGGGUAUCCUUGGCUACUUCCUUCUCCUGGCUCAUGAUAGCUCGGCUGGAAUUUCUCUCUACCUCGAUGGAUUCUGGUCGCAUGGAGUCGGCAAUGAAGGAACCAUUCGUAUUGCUGACGAAGAGGGUGCCUAA